AUGUUGGCGGCCUUUACCACGUUCUUCCAGGCUCUGCGUACUCUCCCGCAGCGAGUCAGCUGGACAGGCCCGGCAAGUUGGUACCAAAACAGAGACCUGCACCACUGGCUGCGGUUCAAUCUAGGUACCUUUAUUCUCUUUGUUGUCCCGCUUUACAGCGCCGAAUUCCGGUACUGGGUGUGGCCCAUGUUGGAGAGCACUGCCCCCAAGUACACGGACACGCCCGUUUUAGGCCAUCUUCAACUGUGGUGCAUCAUGACAUACGACUUGUGCGAAAGUGCCACCUUAGAGCCAACUGUCCAGAAGUGUGUGUGGCGCAUGCUGGGUAGUGCUAUCGGAUGUGUGACCGCGUACCUGACGCUGCUAGCAGCAGGCACAGACAACCCCUGGGUGAUCCUGCUUUCCUCGGUUAUCAUGCACUUCAUUGUGUACUUCGCCGCGGCCGAUAAAGACAGUACCAGGGUGGUGUUCUGGAUACGACGCGAGACCUUCGCCAUGGAGUUCUACGUGCUCAACCGGUUCAUCGCCAGUAUGGCCGGUGCCCUGCUGUGCCUGGGGAUCAAAUCGUGGGUGCUUCCCAUGAGCGCUGGCUUGGCGUCGCGUAACUUGUUCACCCGAUCGUACGGGGCCCUCUCCGCCAGUCUGGCCGCGGCAUUCACCGCAAUCGACAGUGCAGCAGCAACCGCUCACCCAGACCCACAGACCACACCAUCUGUGCCAACCACGGCAGAAAAUACAGACACGGCUGUACCGAACAUCUCAGCCACUGAACAAGCCGUUUCCCCGCUGCCAAAUCUGGACGGUGCUCUGGCUACUCUGGCUGGAGGGGAGGCCCUGUUGGCUGGGGCCAGUUUCUAUUCCAAAUGGGCGCAUGCCGGUCCCGUCAUCGUGGCCGACGAGAGACUUCGCACGGUGGAGCGGUUUCUGUCGGCCCUGUCGCACAUGGCAGGCAAUGUGCGAGUGGUACACGAGCUGUACGCCGCAAGCGAUACGGUGGAACGUGCAGAGCAGGACGUAGGGAGAGAGCAGGAUGUGGGGACUAGUAGUACCAGUCUGUUGCCGGAUGUGGGUACUGCGGGCGAUAGUAUGUCUCUGGUCGAGGGAGCACAGGCAGAGGCUGGUGUGGAUCCGGCGGGUUCGCCUGGCACCUCGAAGGAGGUCUUGGAGGUGCCACAUAAACGCUUGCGGGGCGUGUCCAUUAAUCUGGUCAGUGCGCGAGAGCGGGUGCUUGAUGUCAUCCCCGAGUGCGUGCAGAUGUUCACGGGUGUACUGCUAUCCCAGUCCGAACAGGAUGUCGCGGAUAUCCCAGUACUCUCGGCGCUGAACAUAGACGAUAAGGCAAAAGCCGACAAUGAGACGGCGCUGAAUGCCUUAGUACGCCUACAGAAUAAUGCCACAGACAGUUCGGUACACCCGUCUGUGGAGGAGUGUGUCAUGUCGCUGCUAGACACAUCCUUUGACCUCGACGAAGGCGCGCACGCUGUGAUACAGCACAUGUACGAGAACGGGGCCAUGGCCACCACGUUACUGGCGCUGACUACAGCUAUGUACCUGGACUAUUCAAAGGUUUGUAUGGAGUUCUUGGCCACGCACACACACACACCGCAGAGACCAACAAUUCAGAUCGCUCUGACUGCGCACAAUGCGAAGUCGAGACACUUUAUCAGGGCUAUGAAGAUGCGAGUGACAGAUGAAGAGCGCGGGUGA